GAAAUUGCGAGUUGCGACAAUCCUAGAGUAAAAAUUUGACAGAAACAAAAGAAACUUGUAAUUGAGUGACUAACUGCAGCCAAAAGCCUAAAAGAAGAAGGCCCUUUAAUCGAUCGCCAAGUCUUUCUGUCCUUAGCGCCAUGGCCAACAAUCCUUCGCAGCUCCUACCAUCAGAGCUAAUAGACAGGUGCAUAGGGUCCAAAAUAUGGGUGAUAAUGAAAGGAGACAAGGAGCUUGUUGGUACUCUUAGGGGAUUCGAUGUCUACGUCAACAUGGUCCUCGAAGACGUUACUGAAUAUGAGAUCACAUCUGAAGGUAGACGGAUCACAAAGCUUGAUCAGAUUUUGCUUAAUGGAAACAACAUUGCUAUUCUGGUUCCUGGUGGCUCACCUGAUCCAGAAUGAGAGCGUGGAAUCUAAAUUGUUUAAAUUUUUCACUGAAUGUGAUUGGUCCGGAGUAUAUCCUCAUUUUUAAUGAGGACAUGUGCACCAGGAGAAGUUCUUAUUAUGAUUUCCAGUGACAUGGUUGUGUUGGGCAACAGUGGUGGAUUCUUCUAUUGUAAUGUUAGUGAUAGAUUAUGUUUAAAUUUAAAAUGCUGUUUAUUAUAAAGACAAUUUCAAAUAUUUUGUUUUUUUUAAACAAAUCCUUUAAUCUUCGUCUUGUUACUGCUGAAGAGUUGUCCCUGGACAUCUAUAAAAUUUCAACUUCUGAAUUAUUA